ACUUUGUGCAGCGUCGUCCACCUACGCCGCGCUCUUCAGUCCACCACCAGACCACUCGGAGCGCCAGCACCAUCUGCUAGCCUCUCUCACACACGCCCACGUCCACCCGCCGACCUCCACCAGCACACCCACUCGCCCAGCAUGGCCGAAGUCGUCAAGGCCGACCCGCCCGUGCCCGUGCCCGCAGAGGCCGCCGCCGCUGGCUCGGCUGGCAGCAACCCGCCGGCCACGACGGCGCCGGCGAAGACGCCGCAGCCGCCCAAGACCAAGAACCUCGUCUCGCCCGAGGAUGCGCCCAAGCAAGUGUUCGCUGGCAACCUCGCAUUCGCCACGACCGAGGCUGAGCUCAAGGAGAUCUUCGCGGCUGCUGGCACAGUCACGCAGGCGCAGAUCAUCAUGCGCGGCACGCGCUCGCUCGGCUACGGCUUCGUGACGUACUCGAGCGAGGCCGAGGCGCACAAGGCUGUCGAGCUGCUCAACAAGAAGGAGAUUGCCGGCCGCGAGAUCAACGUCGAAGGCGCCAAGCCGCAGGCGGCUGCGCCCGCCGAGAAGCCCGCCACGGCGGCGGCUGGCGAGGCCGAGAAGGACGGCGCAGCGGCUCGUGGCGCCAGCACGCGUGGCCGUGGCCGCGGACGUGGACGUGGCGGACGCGGAGGUGCCACUGCUGCACGCCGCCCGCGCGCCGAUGAGGGCGAGGAAGGCCUUGAUGAGGCCACUGACGCCGCUGCCGCACCCGCUGCUGCGGCCGAGAACGGCGAGGCCGCUGCCGCCAAGCCUAAGAAGAACCGCAAGUCCAAGGCCGCCAAGGCUGCCGCCAAUGGCGACGCUGCGCCGGCCGCCGACGGUGCCGCCGCUGCGCCCGCCGCUGCGAAGCCGCCGAAGCCGCAGCGCGCCAAGGGCGAGGCGCCCGUCGGUGCGCCGAGCAAGACGCUGCUCUUCGUCGCCAAUCUGCCGUUUGAGUUCACCGACGAGCAGUUCAAGGCCGUCUUCGAGGGCGGCCCGGAGGUCGUGAGCGCCAAGGUCGUCAAGCGCCCGUACUCCAACAAGACCAAGGGCUUCGGCUUUGUCGACUUCAAGGACGAGGAGGGCCAGCAGAGCGCGCUGAGCAACUUCAACGGCAAGAACGUCGAGGGCCGCGACAUUGUGCUCAAGGUCGCGAUCCAGAGCCAGAAGCCGCCGACUGCGGCUGCGGCCGAGCAGCCCGAGGCGGGCAGCGGCGCGGUGCCGAAGCCUGAGGCUGAUGCGCCCGCCGUCACGGCCAUCUAACGGCUGCAUGCUUUCGACGCACGCGAGGGGGGCAUGGCAGCCGCUGUGAGGCCGUGCUACUUCGCAGUGGGCCACGCUCCCCUCUCGGAACGUUGGCGAUCUCCUUCACGAAACCUCAAGGCUUCUCAACGACUUCCUUCACUCCCUCGCGCCGUCGCACGCAGCUCUCUUCCCACACAGCAACGAUCCCACCACGUUCGCCCAUUUUAUCUCCCCUCUCUCUUCAUGCAUCACGCACACCACACUCGACCCACACACACACAUGGCUCGCUUUUGUCACGAAUUGACCCUAUUCACGGGG